AGCAGAGGGCGCUGUUGUUCAACAGAUUCUUUAAAAACUCUCUGCAGAAAUCAACUCCACUAAAGUUUUAGUUUCAGCCCAACAAAAAGAGCUGAAAUGAAGUCCAGUGUUGUGAUUAAACAUCUGUUUGUUCCUUGAUCUGUUCAUUAGUUCAAUCCUUUUUCUCAACAUUUAGUUAAAUCAAUUAAAACAAGUAAAGCUGCUGAAACAAACAACACGAGCUGCUUUAUGAUUCUGCAUCAUGAUCAAUUCUUCUGGUGGACCAGAAGGAAUGUGUUAUGUUGCUGCCAGCAUGUGGUCUGCGUUAUGAAUUAGGUAUGAAGCGUAUGGCAGCGCAGCGUGGGAAGUUCAAACCGGUUUAUUGUAGAACGUAUAAAACAUUAACCAUCAUCCACUUAAUGACUCUUUAAAUCAGCUGUAAACAGCCUCAGCUCUUUGUUUCUGAAGAGCAGCUGAUUAAAAACACAGCUAUGAUCUGCCUCAUGUUCCACACAGAGCGCCCCGUGUGACGAGAACGUCUGCUUUUAUUUUUAGUUUGAACACUGCGCUUUUAUUGUGAAGGACUUCAGACUUCAGGGAGAGGAUGGAGCUUCCAUGGUGUUCAGAUAAAGGUUCCUCCAGGUCCAUGAUUCCCCCUCUGUGGACUAAAGACACCAGUCCUGGAGGACCUGAGACCAGUCCUGGAGGACCUGAGACCAGUCCUGGAGGAACUGAGAUCAGUCCUGGAGGACCUGAGACCAGUCCUGAGGAGACCAGUCCUGGAGGACCUGAGACCAGUCCUGGAUGAACAGACCAGUCCUGGAGGACCUGAGACCAGUCCUGAGGAGACCAGUCCUGGAGGAACUGAGAUCAGUCCUGGAGGACCUGAGCAGGCCAGUCCUGGAGGAACUAAAGAGACCAGUCCUGGAGGAACUAAAGAGACCAGUCCUGGAGGACCUGAGAUCAGUCCUGGAGGAACUGAAGAGACCAGUCCUGGAGGAACUGAAGAGACCAGUCCUGGAGGAACUAAAGAGACCAGUCCUGGAGGACCUGAGAUCAGUCCUGGAGGAACUGAAGAGACCAGUCCUGGAGGACCUGAGAUAUGUCCUGGAGGACCUGAGAUCUGUCCUGGAGGACCUGAGAUCAGUCCUGGAGGAACUGAAGAGACCAGUCCUGGAGGAACUAAAGAGACCAGUCCUGGAGGACCUGAGAUCAGUCCUGGAGGAACUGAAGAGACCAGUCCUGGAGGAACUAAAGAGACCAGUCCUGGAGGAACUGAAGAGACCAGUCCUGGAGGACCUGAGAUCAGUCCUGGAGGACCUGAGACCAGUCCUGGAGGACCUGAAGAGACCAGUCCUGGAGGACCUGAGACCAGUCCUGGAGGACCUGAGACCAGUCCUGGAGGAACUGAGACCAGUCUUGGAGGAACUUAGCAUUUAGCAUUUGCAUUAAUUUUAUGAUGUAUUAAAUGGAUUUUACUCCAAAAUUAAAUUUGUUAAUAUUUU